AUGGAAAACAAAACCAGACUUCUUCAUAAAACAAAAAGAAAACCUAGUGUUUUAGCAGUGCCACAAACUGUAUAUCUUGGAUUGGAAUUAGAUUAUGAUCAGGUCAAUCAACAAAAAAUAGUUUAUGCUGUUGCUAUACAUGAUGGAUAUUAUACAAUUGAUUUUGAAUCUUCUUCAGUGGAUGUUUCCAAGUAUAAAACAGAGCAAGAAAAAAUCAAUGGGGCCAUUGACACAAUAUUAGGAAAUAUUACUUCAUAUGUUAGAUCUCAAAAUUUCAAGGUUCAAGCUAUAGGUCUAGGUGCUUAUUUAAAAAACCAAGAUGGAAAAAAUAUAAAAAAGUUAUUGUACACAUCACCUACUUUAGCAUCAAGAAUUUGGUUAGAACUUGAUGCAUUGCCAUUCAUUAUCCAUACAAAAGGUAUGACUGUUGAUGAGAGAGCUAGUUCUGCUGUUAGAAAAACUGUUGUUUGGAUAAGUCCUCUAACACCAGGAUCAAUUCCAAGAAUAUCAGUUGGCUAUAGGCAUGAAGUAGAAGUUGAUCUCAAUGGAAUGAUCAAAUUGGUUGAUUUGCUUCACUAUGAAAAAACUGUUUGCCCUGAAACCUGGAGAGUAAUAAAUACAAUUGCAAAUGAGAUCAGAGCUAAAAAUAUUUGUAUAUCAUUUUUUAAUUCCACUCCUCAAGGUGGUGGAGUUGCUCUAAUGAGACAUGCACUUGUACGUUUAUGUCUUUUAUUAAAACUUGAUAUACACUGGUUUGUUGCCAAACCAAAACCUGAAAUUUUUGAUAUCACAAAAAGAAAAUUUCAUAAUGUUCUACAGGGUGUUUCUUCACCUGAUGUUAGAUUAACAAAAUCUGAUAAGGAAGAAUUCAUUACAUGGUCUAAUACCAAUGCUGAACGCUUCUGGAGUGAUGAUAGAGGCCCUAUAAAAAUAAGUGAUGUGAUAAUUAUAGAUGAUCCACAAGUUUGUGCAGAUUUAAUUAGAAAAAAUCCAAAUGGCCCACAAGCUGAAACUUGGAAUUUUUUAUAUCAAUUCAUAUCACAAGUUGAUCUUUUUGUAUCUCAUCCAAUUGCAAAUUUCAUACCAGAUAAUGUUCCCUGUAAAAAAAUUGUAUUGCUUCCAGCUUCUACAGAUCCAUUAGAUGGUUUAAAUAAAGAAUUAAAAGAUUCAGACAAAGAAUAUUAUAAACUAAUUUAUAAUCGUUUAUCAAAUGAUCAAUGUGGUGUGGUAAUAGAUUUUCGGAGGCCAUAUAUUGUUCAAGUUGCUAGGUUUGACCCAAGUAAAGGUAUUCCAUUAUUAAUUGAAUCAUUUAGAUUAUUUAGAGAGAAAUUGAAAAAUACAGGUUGGGAUAACUAUGGAAUGCCCUCAUUAAUUAUAUGCGGUGCUGGUAGCAUAGAUGAUCCUGAUGGUACAUUAAUAUAUGAACAAAUCCAUUCUUUAUUAAAUGAAAGUAUAUAUCAAGAUAUAGUUGAUGAUAUAUCAGUUGUAAGAUUACCACCUUGUGAUCAACUUUUUAAUACAAUGUUAAGAUGUGCACAUGUUGUAUUACAAUUAAGUACACGAGAAGGAUUUGAAGUUAAAGUCACUGAAGCUUUGGCAAAAGGUGUACCUGUUGUAGCUUUUAAGGCUGGUGGUAUACCACUACAAAUUCGCCAUGGAGAAACUGGUUUUUUGGCUGAUGUAGGUGACACUAGUCAAGUUGCUGACUAUUUAUAUCAAUUAUUUAAUGAUGAUGACCUUCAUAAUAGAAUGUCACAAGCAGCAAAGACAACAGUCACUGAAGAAUACUUUACAGUAUUUCAAACUCUGAAUUGGUUAUAUAUUAUAAAUCAACUGAGUAAUAGUAAGAAAUCAAAAAAUAUUAGUAAAGAUAAUGAUGAUGAUCAAGAAGAACCCAAUAUAGUUAAAAAGGUCAGGGAAGAAGAAGGGGAAGUUUUUGUGGGUAAUGGUAAAUGGGUAAAAGAACUAUGGACCGAAAAAUAUAAUUACAAAGGAAAAAAUAUGAUUAAUGGUGUUUGA